AUGGUUGGCACGGGGUUAUCUCUAACAAAGGCCCUUUUCCUCCCGUCGCAGGACGCUACCAUCUCUACAUUGGUCUGCCGCCCAUUUCAAUCAAGAAGUUUGACUAAUGAGGCGACAGGUCUCUUCUGCCCCUUUGCUCACCGGGCCAACCUAGUGCGUCAUGUCAGUGUCUUGACCGACAUUAUCUCUCUAUCCGUGGUCAGGCCAUACCCCAACAUCAAGGGGGAGGGAUUACGAUUCCCAAAGACCAACGAUGAAUAUCCCGGAGCAACAGUCGACCAUCUCUAUGGUAGCGAAUUUCUGCGCGAGAUCUACCUCAGAGCCGAUAAGGACUACAAAGGACCCUACUCCGUCCCUGUACUCUGGGACAAGGAGACGGAAACAAUCGUGAGCAACGACUCCGCCGAGAUGCUCCGAUGGCUACCCAAUGCAUUCGACCCCAUUCUGCCGGUAGUUCACAAAAGGGUACAUCUAUACCCCGAAGCCCUGCGAUCGCAAAUUGACGAGAUCACCGCCUGGAUGCAACCAGAUCUCAACGCUGGCGUUUACAAGGCCGGAGGCGCGGCCACUCAAGCAGACUACGACAAGGCGGUUCCAGCAGUCUUUCGAGCGCUCAAUCGACUCGAGCAACUCAUCCACGACAAUGGUGGUCCGUUCAUUCUAGGUAAGCAUAUCAGCGAGGUCGAUUUGAGAGCGUACACGACCAUCAUCCGGUUUGAUCCCAUCUACGUCCAGCACUGCAAGUGCAAUUUGGGGACGAUCCGGCAUAAUUAUCCGACCAUCAACAACUGGUUGAAGCAUCUGUACUAUAACGUGGAAGGAUUCAGGGAAUCGACUAAUUUCAAGCAUAUCAAGGAAAGCUAUCCUAAGAACCAGGCCGACAUCAAUCCAAAAGGUAUCGUUCCCAUGGGGCCUAUACCCGACAUUGAGUCUGGUGUGGAUCACAAUUGGGGUCUGGUGAGAGUUGGGUCUAUUUAUGUGUAG